AUGGCGGUAUGUCUUGCACGUCAAUCAUCAUUAAGAAUGUCAACUGGAAAUUAUCCUCGAAAACUCUUUCGAGCUGCUACUUAUGACCCAAUGAUGCCUCCAAUGACCUGUCGAAAACGACUUUUAAGUGAACAAAAUGAAUGUCAUAGUUUUGUAAUGGAAUUGGGUAAUGACGAUAUUUAUUCAAGAAAAAAACGAAAAAUAGGUAAUUAUACAAGAUAA